AUGAGCUGCCUCAUAUGCAACUCUGCUCACUCCCGCCAGCCGUUCCUCUGCCCGACAUGCGCCCGCAAUCACCUCUACCCGCUACGUCUCGAGAAUACUCAGGUUCUAUUGGAGAAAGAGAGCCUAGGUCGUCAGAUAGAGCUCCUUGCCUCCCAUGAGGCAUCUCAGAAGUCACGGUUGACACCCAGUGAGGGGCUUUCCGACGAUUCGAAGAGCUGGGCUCUCCAGACGAUCUCCAGUCGCCAGGCUGCCUCGUCCUCCAGGAGAGAGAAUCUCAGUCGGCAGAUUGAGAAACUCAAAAAGGAUCUCAAGGCUAAAAGGGCAGACAUUUCUGAGCGCGAGACAAUCUUGUCCCGUAGGCGCUCCGAUGCUGAAUCUGCUCUGUAUCAGCUCGGGGAGCGGGAGGCUACCAUCUUGACGGGCGUUGAGAACACUACCAAACGGACCGAGCAUCUUUGGCACAACCUCCAUAGCAAGACCGCCGAGGCACGCAUCUUUCUCUGUCGGGAAGUGGCCCACCUAUACGGCCUGCGACAGAAGACCUCGAGGAAGGGUGAUGGUCGGCAUAGCUAUGUGCUUGGUGGCAUAGCAAUCGUGCCACUCCCGCUCAAAUAUCUACCUCGCUCGCCAAUAUCGCCCACCUGUUGGUCCUCGUUUCACAUUAUCUCUCCCUUAGACUCCCUGCGGAAAUUACUCUGCCUCACCGGAACCAUCCUACUCCCACCAUAUAUUCCUUCGCUGCAUCAUAUAAUUCACGAGAUUCCUCUGAUGGGUCCGACACCACCCAUCCUUCGACACCCAGUCCAGCGGCAUCCAGAACGGAACCACGCACCCAACCCCGGCCCAGACCGCUUUUCAUUGACAAACCUCUCCCCCCGCCUGGCUAAAGAAGAUCCCGGAACUUAUGCACUUUUCUUGGAGGGCGCUUCACUCCUCGCAUGGGAUGUAGCCUGGCUGUGCAGAACCCAGGGGAUCAACUUGACAUCAGACUCCUGGGAAGAAGUUUGCAACAUCGGGAAAGGCAUGUGGCAACUGUUAGUUGCCCCGCCUGCUCAAACAUCCACCUUGAUGCGAGCAUUUGCUGGACGGGAUACCCAGGCAAAGAUGAAAACCGCCAAAGACGCUCCUCAAACUACGAUCCAACGCACCAAAUCAUUCCCAAUGCUUGGCCAUUAUUCCCACGGCACGGUACAUUCAUUCAUCGCGGCCUCCGAGGGUGUUGAGUUUAUGCGUACUUGGAAACUGUCAACACCAACGAAGAUCGUGGAUAAGCUCAAGGCCAAUCUUCUUGGGGAGAUGGCAAGUGCUGAAUGGGAGGUCUUGGAAGAAAAAGAAUGGUUUGACGGGAAUGUGGAACCCAAUCAACCACCGGAUUCUCAGAAUCCACCGAGCCCUUCGCCCAAUUCUCAUGCUGAAUCGGCUGAGCAAAGCGCAGAAGAUCAGCAAGCACCUGUACAGACGACGAAUGAUAGUCGUCGGCCGAAAGGUACAAGUGGAUGGACGAAAUUGAAUAGUAGAUAG